UGAAUCUGUUGGCGUUAGUCACGGUCGGGUGAUUUAUGGUGAUUUAGUCACGGAUUGCUUUCUUUCUGGAUUAGUUUAUGGAUAUGGAAUCAGAGUCAAUAAUCAACAAUCCCCAUUGGAGCCAAUGGCAGCUACUGGACUCUUUCCUUCCCACUGGUGGGUUUGCUCAUUCUUUUGGCCUUGAGGCUGCCAUCCAAUGUUGCUUUGUGAUGGGCCCUGAAGAUCUUCAGACCUAUACACUCAGUGUCUUGGACAACACUGGUAGCCUCCUCCUUCCAUUUGUGUGCGUGGCAACUAAAUCCCCAGAUUAUGAAACAUGGUUGAAGCUUGAUAGACUCCUUGAAGCCACCCUAACCAAUGAAGUAAGCCGAAAGGCCUCAUCGUCACAAGGAUCGGCGCUUUUAAGAGUUGCUGCUUCUGUUUUUCAUGAGUUUCCAUCUCUGAAGAAGAUCAGAGGGACAGCCAUGGCCGCUGGGGCUGCUUCCUUCCACCAUGCAACAGUUUUUGGGCUUGUAUGUGGUUUGCUUGGAUUUGGAAGUGAGUUCUCUCAACGGGCUUAUAUGCACUUGACAAUGAGGGAUGUUCUUUCAGCUGCUACAAGACUAAAUCUCAUUGGACCAAUAGGGGCAGCUGUUCUGCAGCAUAAAAUGGGUAGCAAUGCUGAGCUGAUUUUGAAGAGAUGGAUGGACCGCCCGAUUGAGGAUGCGUGCCAAACCUCUCCUUUACUCGAUGCCAUCCAGGGAUGUCACGCCUACUUGUUUUCAAGGCUGUUCUGCUCUUAAAAAGAAUUUUGGGGGAUGUUUUCCUGUUUGCUUUUGAGAUUGCUUGACUUUGCUCAAUAUUGUUAAAUAGAGAAUUGACUGUUUGUAUUUUCAGAUCUGGCUACCUGCGGUCGAAAUUAAAAAAAAAAAAAAAAAAAAAGGAAAAAAAAGUGUAAUAGCCACUGCAACUGUUUGAGCAACAACUCUUAUUCUGCAGCAGCUUCACAGCCGCACCUGCCCCAAACAGACCCUGAGUGAAUUAGAAGAGGAAGAGAAUGCUCGGAGGAGAUGGUUCGGGGGGGCGUUGUAGUGCUAGGUUCUGCACAAAGCCUCGGAAAGUAACUAUGAUUUCUCAAAGAAAAGUCAGUGAUCUCAUUUCAUCAAAAAAGAAAAAUAAGCUUGCUGCAAUUCAUUUAAGGAGUGAUCCUGAAUUUGGGAGGGAUUUGAGUGCUGCGUGUGAAAUCUUAGAGGAUGAGGCUGAUGGUAUU